AUGCCGGAGCAGCCGGAGCAGCGGCGACUAUCUUCCUUUGUUGCUUAUGAGGCGGAGUGCUACGACGCGCCGGAGCGGCGGCGGCUGCCUUCCGCCAUUGCUGACGUGGCGGAGGGGAAGGCGGGCUGCUCGGACGCGCCGGAGCAGGAAGAGAAGGAGGCGGAAUCGAACCCUAACCCCUCCCCCCUCUCCGCAGCCGGACGUGUCCGGUCCGGCCGGACAGACCCGCGCCGCCGCCCGCAGCCAAUCACGUCGCGCCACGUGGCAGCGCCGCCGCCCAACCGCCGCCGGCCCGCGAGGCCCGCGCCUGGCCCCCGCGGCCCGUACGCCGCCGACCUCCCCGCGCGGCUCCCCGUCGCCCGUUCCCGCCGCCUCGUCGCCUCCGCGCGUCGGCCGCCGACCGCCGUCUCCGCCUCCGCCGACCGCCCCCGACCGCCGCAACCUCGCCGCGCCGGCGAGCUCCCGCGCCAUCUGCGGCGACAACGUCCCCGACCGCCGGCGCCUCCUCCCUCUCCGUUCGACCUCCGGCCACCACGUCCAACCAACUCCGGCGAGCGCUCUGGUGAACCUCGAAGACCGCGCCGGAUCUGGAUCUGA